AUGUCGUUCCCGUCCUCGUCCUCGAAAGCGCACUCACGACCGAUCGCCUCUUCCUCGAACGCCAAUGCGUCCCCCCUCCUAAGCCGACAAAAGCACUCGGUCGCCUCCACCUCCACCUCGACCCCGUUCCGCCUCUCCUCGGACCAACUGUCCGAAAUCCGCGAAGCGUUCGAAUUGUUCGACCACGAUCGGGAUCAACAAUUGGAUUACCACGAGUUCAAAGUAUGUCUGCGCGCGUUGGGGUUCGAUUUGAAAAAGGCCGAAGUGGUGAGGUUGUUGAAGGAGGCGAAUGGGGUCAACCAUGCGAACGUGGCCGGUGGGGUCGGGGUCAAUGUUGGGGAGAUGAGGAUCGGUUACGAGAGGUUUACGAGUAUUGGUUAGUUUCAUCGCCGAGCACGCAGGCGCCCAUGGGUGGGAGGAGGAGUCGGCCCGAAAACUGAUCGUGCGUGGGCGACGGGGAAACCGACAGUCGAAGGCAUGAUUCAACGAAGGGAUCCGAUGCUCGAAUUGAAACGCGCCUUUCGACUCUUUGACGAGGAGGGGACCGGCAAGAUCUCGUUGGACAACUUGCGCAAGGUCGCCAAUGAUCUCGGCGAACAACUCGGAGACGAAGAAUUGUAGGCUCACCGACCUCACAUCCUGCGAGAGCGCACCAGAGCUGACUCUUCCCCGUGGCUGGAGCAGAAGAGCCAUGAUUGACGAAUUCGACUUGGAUCAGGACGGCAUGAUCAACGAGGCCGAGUUUAUGAGGUUCGUCGACGCUCUCGUUUGA